AUGGCGGACGCCAUGAUGCUUUCUUCUGCCGUUCGAUUACCCACCCCGCCUCCCGGCACGUCGUAUUCUCCAGGGCCUUCGGGCACCAGAAAGAGGUCGCCACCGUCCCGUUCACCUUCACCUAGGCGCCGAAGGCCGGCGCCCGUCGAGGAGGAUCAGUCGCGCCGAAAUGGGGACGCAGAUGCAGCACGGGAAGUAGACGAACGGGAGCGCCAACUGCUCGAGAGGUUCAAGCCUCGAGAAGGCGACGAGAUUAGGCGGAAGCCCAUGACCGCGGAGGAAAAGCAAGCUGCCGCGAAAGCCGAAUAUGAAAAGCUUCUUAAUAUGCGAUCUGGAGGCACAUAUAUCCCGCCGGCCAAGCUCAGAGCUUUGCAGUCGCAGAUUACGGACAAAUCGAGCAAGGAAUAUCAGCGCAUGGCAUGGGAGGCUCUGAAGAAGUCUAUUAAUGGCCUCAUCAAUAAAGUCAACGUCUCGAAUAUCAAGCACAUUGUACCGGAGCUCUUCGGGGAGAACCUGGUUCGGGGUCGAGGCUUGUUUUGCAGGAGCAUCAUGAAGGCUCAGGCAGCAUCGCUGCCUUUCACCCCUAUUUAUGCCGCCACGGUUGCCGUUGUCAAUACGAAACUGCCGCAGGUUGGAGAGCUGCUUUUAAAUCGCCUUGUUGUCCAGUUCCGGAAAGCAUUCAAAAGAAACGACAAAGCUGUCUGCCUCUCAUCAACCACCUUUAUAGCGCACUUAUGCAAUCAGCAGGUCGCCCAUGAGACAGUGGUGGCUCAGAUCCUGUUGUUGCUUCUUCAUAAGCCAACGGAUGACUCGGUGGAAAUCGCUGUCGGUUUGACCAGGGAGGUCGGACAACAUCUGGAAGAGAUGAGCCCUCCAAUUGCACUGGCCGUCUUCGACCAAUUCCGCAGUAUUCUACACGAGGCCGACAUUGACAAGCGUGUCCAGUACAUGAUUGAAGUGUUGUUUCAAGUGAGGAAGGACAGAUACAAAGACAACCCUGCGAUCCGCGAGGAGCUCGACCUGGUGGAGGAGGAAGAUCAGAUCACACAUCAGGUUGAUCUGGACGACGAGAUUGACGUGCAAGAUUCAUUAAAUAUCUUCAAGUACGAUCCGGAGUUUGAAGAGCAUGAGGAAGCGUAUCGAAAACUCAAGGCUGAAAUUCUGGGCGAGGAUAGCGAUGCGGAGGAAUACGAGAGUGGUUCGGAGGACACUUCGGACGACGAAGAGGCUGAAGAAGAGCGUGCCAUGGAAAUAAAGGAUCAGACCAAUACCGACUUGGUGAACCUGCGACGAACCAUCUAUUUGACCAUCAUGUCAAGUCUCGACUUCGAGGAGGCAGCUCACAAGCUGAUGAAAGUCCAACUCCCUUCCGGCCAGGAACCCGAACUCCCGUCUAUGAUCAUCGAAUGCUGCUCGCAAGAAAAGACUUAUUCCAAGUUCUUUGGUCUCCUGGGCGAAAGGUUCGCCAAACUGAACCGGCUUUGGACCGACCUUUUUGAGCAAGCGUUUGCCAAAUACUACGACACCAUCCACCGAUACGAGACGAAUCGGUUACGGAAUAUUGCUCGUUUCUUUGCACACCUAUUGAGUACCGAUGCCAUCGGCUGGCACGUCUUCUCGGUCGUCCAUCUCAACGAAGAGGAAACGACCUCGAGCAGCCGUAUCUUCAUCAAGAUCCUGUUUCAGGACCUGGCCGAGGCGAUGGGCAUGGCGAAACUUCAAGAAAGAAUGAAGGAUGACAUCCUGCGCCCCAGCUUUUCUGGCAUCUUCCCCACAGACAAUCCCCGAAACACCCGCUUCUCGAUCAACUACUUCACCAGCAUUGGUAUGGGAGCGCUUACUGAAGAGAUGCGUGAACAUCUCAAGAACCUACCCAAACCAGACCCACCUGCGCUUCCGGCACGCAAAAACGACGUGUCCGACUCGGAAAGUGUCAGAGUCCUUCUCGCGAGCGACCCAGCAGACGACGCACCAGGGCCAGCCGAUCGGCAAGUGCCGAUAGCAGAAGCAGAGGCCGAGGCAGUGGAAGAGGGAGAAGUUAUACUCCUUCUGUCUCACGCUCGCCAUCACCGCCUCGGCGAGGCGGCACUGCUGCCAGACGAGACCGAGACCGCAGUUACAGCGCUUCGAUUUCCAGAUCCCGAUCUGCGCCCCGUCGGACCCGAAAGAGGUCUCCAUCCUACUCUGCCUCACCUAGUCCUCCUAGACGCAACGGCACCGCAGCCCGUGGUCGCGCCAGGACGCGCUCUCGAUCAUACAGCUAUUCGGACGUAUCGCGCUCUCGCUCUCCUCCACCUAGACGUGCCGCCGCACCCCGAGGACGUAAAGUCUAUUCCAGUUCUCGAUCCCUUUCAACCUCUCGCUCUCGGUCGCGUUCUCCUCCUUCUCCUCGACAAAACAAGGUCUCCUCUCUUUCAAGGUCGAGAUCGAGAUCGCGAUCGCCUCCACCUCGCCGUGCAGCAGCAGCUGCUCCUAAAGGUCGAGACCUCAGCCGCUCAGUGUCACGGUCGCCUUCUCCUCUUCCCCCGCGUGGCCGUGGUCGACACAGCGGAAGUAGAAGCAGAAGCCCAAAACGAAGAAGCUAUAGCCCUCCACCGCGACAGAGACUGCCUCCCCCUACUACUACUACCAGGACAAGACGCCGCAAUUCAUCGAGCGGUGCCAGUAGUGACCGCUCACGAUCGAGGUCGAGGUCUCGAUCACCACCACCACGAGCCAGACGACAUAGUCGACCGCCAUCCGUCACAGGUGAUCAAAGGCCCCGCCGACCACGGUCACCGAGCCCCGUUUCUGCUCGUCGACGACCGGAGGACCGAGACCGACGACGCAGUCCUAGUCCCCGGGCCUCGCGUGACUGGAAAGAUAAAGAUAGGCCAGAGCCGUCUGGUCCCAGCUCCGCCAGACCCAGGGCCGCCGACUUUGCGUGAUGAUGAUUCGCGCCGAGGACUGCUUGACGGUCGGAUGAUUGACUUUGUUCAACCUGGUCAUUUUUUGCGUGUCGUACCAGUACGGGGAGGCAGAAGGUCAUAUUCCUGA